AUGGCGAUGCCAUUCUUACGAAAAGUUGGCAACUACCUGGCGCCUGCUGCCUCGCAAAGCGAGGAUGGUCGUGAUCAAUGGCCCUCAAGAGCGGCUUUCCUCCUCGCUGCCAUGGGUGGUUGUGCUGGACAAGGAAACCUGCUCAGAUAUCCCAGUGUGCUUUACAACAACUAUGGUCUCCAAUGGUUCAUCCCAUAUCUGCUGGCCGUCUUUCUCAUUGCUAUCCCGGCUCUUAUCCUAGAAGUGUCCAUCGGUCAAGCGUACCGUGGUGGCACUGUAAUUGCUUUCAACAAUAUAAACACCCGUCUGAAGGGAGUUGGUAUGGGGCCUGUUAUAGUCAGUUUUCUCGUUGUUCAGUAUUUUACUGUUAAUUUGGCCUGGAUCAUGAGAUACUUCCAAGAAAGCUUCACCAGCCCCUUACCAUGGAGCGGCCGCAUCGAUGAAUUUUACUACCAAGACGUUCUCCAACGCGGAGAAAUCAACGAAGGAAGCUUAAGCGCGGACGGCAAUUCCGUACUUUCAUUCACAGGCUACCCCAACGGAGCUCUCAUUGGCGAGACCGUCGGUUGGAGCAUUUUCGUCUGGUUUCUUAUCUGGAUCUCCAUCUUCCGUGGCGUCGGCAUGACCGGACGCGUCGUCUAUUUCACAAUGGGACUACCGAUUGUCACCACCAUUAUCUUUGUUGGCCGGGCACUAUCUCUUCCAAAUGCAAGAGAGGGCGUUGAUCUCGUGUGGAGAACUUGGAGGAGCGACCAACUCGCUUCAGGUGCCGUGUGGCAGACGGCUGUUGGCCAAGUCUUCUUCUCCACUGGCAUCGGCUUCGGAUAUUUCACGUCGUACGCCAGCUACAACACGAAGCAUGCCAACGCAGUAAUGGAUGCUUGCCUCAUCUGCGGUAGCAACGUUCUAUUCGAAAACUUUGCAGCAUUCGCCGUCUUUGGCGUUGUAGGCUAUCUCCGCCGAUGGCCGCAGGAUGGUGUCCGGCUCGGCGCCUUUGUUGUUGGUUUCUUGACGCUCCCCGAGGCCGUGCUGCAGAUGCCGGGAGCAAACUUCUGGGCUGUGCUCCUGUUUUUUACACUUAUUGUCCUUGGAUUCAGUUCGGCCUUUGUCAUGCUUGACGUUGUGGUCACGCUGAUUUGCGACUCCGGUAUGACUAAGGCUUCGAGACCUGUUGUUGUUACUGCGCUGACGGUCCUUUCUUUCUUGAUGUGUCUGCCAUACUGUACAGAGUUUGGCUACUAUCUCCUCGACGGUAUCGAUCGCUGGGUCAAUAACGUAGCUCUGAUCUUCGUUGUCUGGAGCGAAGUAUCAAGCGCCACGACAGUAUAUCGAUGGAGAGACAUCGUCGAUCAAACUGGCCUGCCUGCCUUUGUUGUCUACAACAUUGGAUUCUUCGGAGGCCAGAUCUUUGGUAUCAGUCUUGCGCACGGUAUCGACCAACCAGGAGCCGGUGCUGGUGCUGGAAUCGGUUUCUACUUCCUCAUGGCUAUUGUAGCUGUUGUUCUGGCACGAAUGCCCGACGCACCUGCGCCCUCGUUCUGGAACCGGAAUGCCUUUAUCAAAAAGUUCUGGUUCCUCGCUUUCUACUCAGGUAACCAACUACGUCGCGACCUGAACGUUAUUGUUGGCCAAGGGAAGAACUGGAAGAUACCGGCAUUCAUGCCUUUCCUCCUCCGUUACCUCAGCGGACCCGUCCUCGCCAUCAUCUUCAGUUUCGCGUUCCCGGAAUUUCACACUUUGCGCUAUGACCCCAUGAUGAUUGCUGGAUUCAUCCUGUCUAUACUUACGAUCAUCGUUGUAUUGCUUGGCUUGGUAAUGCCCCGAUACUACGUCGUCUUCAUUCCUGCGCACCGCCGGCUCGAAGGAACGGAACCGACAGUAGCGACGCAGACCAAAGGUGAAUUGGCAGGCAGACCCAUCACUGAGAUAUCGAGUGCUGAGCAAGGACUUCCUCCACCACCAUAUGCGGUCGAAGCAAACCUAGGACACUCUGAUCUCAUAAGGGACUCAUCUUCGGGGCAAGAGCUGGAAGAAGACAAGCACGUCAAGACGACCGGCUCGAAAUGA